CCGCCGGGCAGUGACUCGAAGGAAGGAAUGCUGAAGCGGAAGCAGAGAAGAUACAGGACUACCUUCACCAGUUACCAGCUGGAGGAGCUGGAGAGGGCUUUCCAGAAGACGCACUACCCCGACGUAUUCACUAGAGAAGAGCUCGCGAUGCGUCUGGAUCUUACCGAGGCCCGUGUUCAAGUGUGGUUUCAGAACCGCAGGGCCAAGUGGAGGAAGCGCGAGAAGGCCGGCGUGCAGGCCCACCCGUCAGGCAUGCCCUUCCCAGGCUCCCUGGCGGCUGGCCACCCCCUCAGCCACUACCUGGACGGGGGGCCCUUCCCUCCCCAUCACCACCCGGCCCUCGAGUCCGCCUGGACCGCUGCCGCCGCCGCCGCCGCCGCCUUCCCGGGCCUGGCCCCUCCGCACCACAACGGCUCGGCUCCGCAGCUGGCCACCCCCCUGGGCCUGGGCACUUUCCUGGGCACGGCCGCCAUGUUUCGCCACCCCGCCUUCAUCGGACCCACUUUUGGCAGGCUCUUCUCCAGUAUGGGUCCCCUGUCCAGUGCUUCCACGGCCGCAGCUCUCCUCCGCCAGCCCGCCCCUCCUGUAGAGAACCCCUCCCUCGCAGGCCCAGUCCUCGCCGACCCUUCCUCCUCCUCCUCCUCCUCCUCUUCCUCCCCCUCAUCCGCAGCCGCAGCAGACCGCAGGGCCUCCAGCAUCGCCGCGCUGCGCCUCAAGGCCAAGGAACACUCGGCUCAGCUUACCCAGCUUAACAUCCUGCCCGGGGCGACAGGGAAGGAGGUGUGCUGAACACACACAAUACCGGGCCUCCUCGCCCCCCCCACCUCCCCAACACCCAUCAUUCAUACCUUCAUACCUCUGGAGGCUGAUGCCCCAAUGUCCCCUUGUUCAACCAUACCUGU